UUCUCGCAAUGAUGUGAAGUUUUUCUUUUCUACUUUCAAAUCUUACAGUAAUUUGGUUUCAAAUCUGUGGAAUGCAACUUUAGCCUCUUCUUCCCUUAAGAAAAAACCUUCGCAAACUCUUUCUUUCUCUCUCUGUUUUUUUUUCGCUGAAAAUUUUUGUUGCAUGAAUCUCGAGGAUGAAAUUGUAGAGAGUCUUUGGAUAAACCUUGUGAGGGAACCAUGACGGAAUUUGAGUCGAGAGACGAUUCGCAGCUCGAGCUGGAAUCCAGGCCCGAGGCCAGGCAACUGCUGUACUAUUACCAACUGAAACCCAGUAACCAGACCCGGGUUGAGCUGGUUGAAGGGCCGGUUUGGGCGGAUGUCGUGCCUGCGAGGAUUCUGAGAAGGGCCGAGUUGAUUCGGCUGUUUGAGGAUUUUGUGGGACUCGGGUUCCAGGUUCAUCUGGAUACUGAUGGCUUUCCAGUGGUACACAGAGGCAAAGAAGCUUUCAAGUUUGUUCGCGGUCGUCGACCAACGUCAACCAGUAUCCGCUCCAAGGACCCGCAUAAACUCAUCGACCGCUUCCGGAAUAAUCUCGCAAUUGAUCGCAAAUCAGCAGCUCAGAAAUUAAAAAUUAAACCCUGCGGGAUGCGAAUCCCCGGGAUUAAUUCUCAGGUGCUGCCGGCGAGAAUUAGCGGCUCUUUUCGUCGGUCCCCUGGAGGGGAAUCUUUGGAGAAACUUAUUGUUGAAGAGGAUCAAGUUUUGGGAGUCAAUGCAAGUUGCAGCACUCACGAGCUUGACAGUCCAAUUGACGAAAUUCAGAUGAUCAAGAAUUACAAGAGGAAAAAGGACUCGAGUGGAAGAGAAUUUGUUGAAACGACUCGGCAACUGAAAACUGUAAAAAGUCGACAGAGUUCCUUUCGUCGUAAAGAAAAACCUGAUCGUUUUCAGUCAUCCUUAAACUUUGCUAGGUGCUACUUCGUUAGGAGCAGUGGCCUAAACAUACGCCUGAAGGAAAUUGCAGACCACGGGCUCAAGUUCCCAGACACCAGCACAUCCAGCAAAACCCAACCUUGUCGAAACCCAACCGAUCCCAAUAAUACGGACCCAUCCCAGAGUUCCCGGGUCAUUGCGGGUCAAGACGAGAAUAACCCCGAUGUCGAUAAAACACAUUCCGAUUCCAGUGCGAAAGACUCGAAAGCAUCGCAUCCUAGGUCGGAAAUGCCCAUUGAAAUUAUUUGCAACCUGUCUUUGCUUUUCAAGUACGAGAAAAAGUACUUGAAACAACUCAAUGACUGCUUGGCCAAGAUGAACAUUCCGCCAAUCCAGCCUGACGCUGUUGACCAAUUUUUGCGGACUCUGACGGAAACCCAUCAAGAAACUGAAACAUCUUUCGCGGAAAAAGUGCCUUCAAAAACUCAAAACGAAGUGGCAUCAGCACAAGUUUCAACGACGAAUCAGGAAAACACUCCACAGAACGAAAUCCCGCAAAUGAUGAAGAAUUUGCACGACGAAGAAAAGAACAUGUUUGGACCUCCUCGAGCAGAUUCUCUUUCCAGAGCCGGUUCUAAUCAACCCAUUUUAGUUGAACCUCGGAUUUCCACUAAUAAUCUAAGAAACAAACAAAAUGUGUGUCAAAAGAAAUCUGACUUUGGACGCAAAUUCGUUUUUGGACCCGGUGAAGAAGAAGAGAGUUUAGUGAAGGAUUUUGAACCUCUGACACCGAAUUUCGGACGCGUUUCUAGACGUCCUUCAGCUGCUGUGAAUCCAAAAAUCAACGAUGACGAUCCGGAAACUGGAGAAAUUCAUCUUCCAAAUGCAAUGAAGCAGUCACAAGUCAAACAACUUCUCGCUGAUUUCCAUCAAGAAGGAGAAACCGGAAGUGGCGAAGAAAUCGGCAUGACCUAUUAUUCUCCUGCACCAAAACAUGUCAAACCAAUUCACAGCAAUCAUAAUCAACAGAAGGAUUUGGCUAAUAUUCUGAAGCAUAAAGAAAACUUGAGGGCUUUCAUGAUGGACAAAUCGCAGCCUUCGGGGACCAUGGAAUGCAUUACGAGGGACUUCCUCCAAAGCCAUUCGGACAUUUCGUCGCCGACUUCGUUUCCAUCGAGUCUGAGUCAGUCGCAACACAGUGGGAUUGACAAUAAUAAUAAUGAAGAAGACGGACUUCGACUCACUUUUAAAAGCAGUUCAACAAAAAAAGAAGCAGGACGGAAAUCU